UGCGGGGAAGCCCCGCCAGCGGAUGUAGCGGCGCCCGCUUCCGGCCUGGCCCCUUUUCGGUGGCGCUGCCUCCACGCCGACCAUGCCUCUGGCCAAGGACCUGCUGCACCCUUCCCCUGAGGAGGAGAAGAGGAAGCACAAGAAGAAACGGCUCGUGCAGAGCCCCAACUCCUACUUCAUGGACGUCAAAUGCCCCGGUUGCUACAAGAUCACGACGGUGUUCAGCCACGCUCAGACCGUCGUGUUGUGCGUGGGCUGCUCCACCGUGCUGUGCCAGCCCACAGGGGGAAAGGCCAGGCUGACAGAAGGCUGCUCUUUCCGACGGAAGCAGCACUAAAGCGGCGAGCGCAGGGGAUGGAUGGGACUACAGAGCAGGAGCUCCCGGUGCCACAGAGGUGACUUUCCAGGCUGUCCCUGUAGCCCCACCCAUCCCGCUGUCAAUAAAUUUUGGAUAAAAUACAUACAAAUAAGCUUC